AUGGAUCAAUAUCAUGCAAUAACUCCCUUUUUCUCGUGGGAUAAUGAUAUGAACGAAUCAAACGAAAAUGGGUUCUUUAAUUUUUGGGAACAAAUCUUAAUGAACAAAAAGAUUAUAAACAUUGAUGAUAUUGAUCAUUAUAAAAAACUUUAUAAUGAAGAACUAGAUAUCUUAAAUGAGCAACCUGAAAAUUGGAUGAGAAUAAGAAUUUAUGCUCGAAAUAAUGGAAAUAUUUCUCAAAUAAUAUUCUGGCAGCGAUUCUAA